UUCAAACAAAAGGCAUGAAUAGGAAUGGACAGAGAAAGGGAGUCAGCAUACUUACGAAGGAAGUAAUGAAUUACUCGGUAUCUACCAGGAAAUAAUGCAGCAAUGUUGGGAAUCGGAGUCCCUUUAAAACUAAAGAAUGGGAGGGGAAAUGGGAUUUUCUGAAGCCUUGAUCCUCCCUCUGAUUUCAAUUUAGACAGAUCAGUGGAAGAGUGUAAUAUUGUCUUCAACUAUUACAAUCUUAAUCAUGGGAGUGCUUUCCAAUAGGAUCAGCGUAGAAGAUCUCCGAUCAGGAGACCAUGUUUAUUCAUGGAGGAUAGCCUAUACCUAUUCUCAUCAUGGCAUUUAUGUUGGAGACAACAAGGUCAUUCAUUUUACCAGAGGAAAAGCUGAAUCGGAAAACAAUGCACUUCUUGAUCUGCUUUUGAUAAGCUCGGGAUAUUCUAAGACUACUAAAGCAUGCGAGGCAUGCAGGCAUCAGCAAGGUAUGGAUGGAGUAAUUUGCUGUUGCCUUGACUGUUUCCUUGAUGGAGGAGCAUUGUACCGUUUUGAAUAUGGAGUCAACCCAGGCUUCUUUCUUGCCAAAGCUCGAGGAGGAACAUGCACACUUGCAGAGUCAGACCCACCUGAGACAGUGUUGCACAGGGCAACAUAUUUACUUCAAAAUGGAUUUGGAUGCUACAAUGUCUUUAAGAAUAACUGUGAAGAUUUUGCUGUUUACUGCAAAACUGGUUUGCUUGUACUUGAUGGACUAAAUGUUGGUAGUCAAGCAGCAUCAAUCCUUGCUGCAGUUGCUGCAGUGUUUUCAUCCCCUCUGCGCUUUUUGACGACCAGCAUACCUGGUAUAACAGCAGUUGCAGGUGGAGUGUACUGCUUCAGUAGGCUUGCUGCUGAUAUUGGUAAUCGCAAGGAUGCAGUCAAAGUUCCAGUGGAGAGCUUGACAGCAAGACUUGGCGUAAAUGACUUGCCAAUCAUGUCAUCUAUUAGUGCAGAACCAGUGUUGCAAGUGCAAAUGUAAAGUAUUAUUCUUCGGGGAUGAUCUUAAGAGAAAUAUUUUUGUUAUGAAGCUGUAGCUUCUGAAAUUCAAUAUUAUAGGGUUUCAGAUAUUGGUUUGAGUACAUAGUGGAUAGAAGUUUCAUAUUGGGUAUUACACCAAUCUUGUGGAUAUAGCUUGUAGGAGAAAUUCCACCUUUUGUGGUCUUAUCUUGCUGUUGCAUUCCACAUUCGGUGGGUCAUCCACCUCUUGCUCCUACCUACUCUUACUUUUUCUUACCUACCCUUGUUUCUCAUUGAGCCAUAUGUCAUGAUUGUGUGCUCACAUAUCCAUUUAGCCUUGCCUAUAUAUGCAGGCCUAUAUCCAUUGUAUUGGUUAAUCGAGUUGAUCAUUUGUAUAUUGAUGAGAAUAUAGUUUGUUCUUAUCA